AUGAGCGAGGAGAUGCAGCAAGAGAGUGUCGACAUUGCGUCGGCUGCUCUCGAGAAGUACAAUAUUGAGAAGGAUAUCGCUGCGCACAUCAAGAAGGAGUUCGACAGGCGACAUGGCGCGACAUGGCAUGUCGUGGUAGGCAAGAACUUUGGAAGCUACGUGACUCAUGAAACCAAGCACUUUAUCUACUUCUAUGUCGGGUCUCUUGCGAUCCUUAUCUGGAAGUCAUGA